UUUCCUUGAUUGUCUCAAAAAUUUUGUCGAAAUUUAUUAUUUUUGUGCUGGAAAUAGAAAGGUUUUCUCUUCUCAGUGUAAUCAGGUAGAUUAACCACAGCAUGGCCAGUUGGGCGAAUCGACCCCCUAUCAAGGAUGCCGCUAACAAUAAUCCAUCUUCAGCAAGAAAGAAAUGGAAUCUUGAAGAUAAAAAAUCGUUGCGCAAUCUAAAAUACCACUUUGCCGAGGAUGGCUGCUCGGACGUUCAGUACACAUUGGCCAAGCAGUUGCUGGAGGAGAAUGCGGAAGCAGAUCCGGUUCAUAACCAUGCCCAAGCUGUGCACUGGUUACUGCGAGCUGCUCAGCAAGGUCAUGAACAAGCGAUUGUCAUGUUGAGCGAAUGCUACCGAACCGGACGAGGGAUAAACGAGAUGAAUGAGGAAGAUGUGCGAUCCUGCCUAGCGAUGAGCCCUGGCGAACGAUCGGCUCGAAGGGCAGCACAAGAGUUGUUUGCUUCUCUUAGCAAUGGCGAGGAAUACGUGACGGCGGCACAGUUGGAAAAGCGAAUGCGUGAGAUUUACAAACUGGAUAAAAAACGAAAAAGGACCCGACCGGAUGGGGCCGAAGCUGGCGAGAUUAGAAUGGAAGCCAGCCCUGACCGAGGCGGAAGUCGAAUGAAUCGAAGAACUAGCCAGUUUCAACAGAUGAAUCAUAUUUCGGAGGCGAGUUUACUGUCGGCCGCUGUCAAUUACUCGAAUGGAAGAUUGCCCUUUCUGGGGAAUGCUUUAAUUCUGUCCGUUCCUAAUCCACAAAGCCUGGAUCAUGUACCGUGCUUUCAUAGGCCAUUCUUUCAUCCGAUUAUGUUUUUUUCGCUGCUAUAUCAUCGUCUUUUAACAAUGCUUGCCACGUUUCCUGGCUCUGGAUUCUCCGGAAUACAGCUCGUUUUGGUUAUGGUGGCCUACUCAUUGUUUGCCAGCGAUAACCUAUUUACUCUUGUACCCGUUGGAGCAUACUAUAUCAGCUUAAUCGUCAUGGUGCUGUGCAGUUUUAAAAUGUUAAAAUCUAAACACGAGUUCAUUGAUUUCCGGAUGUGGUCGGGAUUAUUUCUGCGCUAUGGCGAUGAACACCUGAACACCGACGAUUCUGAAAAUCAGUACCUGCGGAAUAAUCUUAAACCGUAUUUGUAUUUUUUCAUUGCGUUUUUUACUAACGUUAUGCUACAUCCUAACAUCAACGAUCAGUGGCUGCCGUUUUCAGAAAUUACGGUAGUCUCCUUUGUUCUGACCUUUGUCACGAUGCUGGCGUUUAUGUAUACUGCUUCGGAACGAAGCUUUCCGGACCCAAUGAUUUUGUUUUCGUUCGGAUUGAACGUGCUGGCCAAAUAUCCCUACGAGAUGGACUCGGUCGUGACUACCGGCUGGCGGUUCUUGGACCUAAAAGUGCCCGCUUUCUCGACAUUUGUAAUUGGCAAUGGAAUUGAAUUCUGCCUGAACUGCCGAGCACUGUUAUAUUUAAUAAUUCCGAUUUUUCUAACAUUCAUUGCUCGACGACACGAUUGGCGGGGUGUGUACCAGUAUCUGAUACCACACUGCGUAACCCUGGCUUGGCUACAAAUCUGCAUCAUCAGUUCUCAAUCAGCAACCAUGUUCGGACUGGUCCGUGGUGCUCUGGGACUAUCUGGAUUAUUGUUGUUUUUACCUCUGUUCGGUAUUGUGACUUUACUGAUACCUGUGUUUGCUACUAUCGAAUGGCUGUCGCUCACUGAUUCUACUGUUCGCUUGUGGUCAUCAGUUAGUGCCGCUAUCAUUGCCAUUUUGAUCUCAUUUUAUAUGGCCACAUCUCGGAGAACUGAAAAGUACAUCACAUUCCUUCAAAUUACAGUCUGCGUUAUAGCGACCGUCUUUCUAACUCUGCCUCACAUGAUGUCCAACUUUGAAACGCUGCACAGGACGGAAACCGCCGAUUUGUACGAAUCUAGCACCGUUGCGUCACAGACUAAGAGCCAACAGCCCCCCAGCAGCCUCAGCUGGGAGUCAUAUUACAAAUUUUGUCAUCAGCCGGCUUGGGAUCGAUUGGGCAACAAAAUUCGAACUCAAUUGCGAUGUGCCCAUCUAGACGGGACAGCCGUUCGAUGGGAGGGUAGCGUUCAAGAUCUGGAAAUUGUCACACGGCGGAAUCUGAGGGCGGAUUUAAUACAUAGCUAUCUGCCACGGCUGCUGGCGGAUCGUAUCGCUUGUUUUUAUGGAGAACGGGUUGAACCUUUGUGUGAUCCAUCGGAGGAACAGCAACACUGCGAAGAGAUGAACAGCUUUAUGCGGCAGCGCACGCGAUGCCAUUUAGACAAGUGGAACAUUUAUGAAUACGAAAUCAAGGUACGCAUGCCAUCACUAGGAUUGUUAACGAAACCGGCCGAAGUGACGCUACGGGCUGUGCAUGCAUUUGGUAACUUUACUCGAAGUCUCAACAACAGCGAUCGUAUAUGGUUCAUUGGGAUUUUGCGAAACUUUUUGAAUCCUGCCAGCGCGGUACAUUCCCAUCAAACGGCGGGAGGCGAUUUCGAGGACCUUCACAUCGAAUUAAAUGCUGCCGGAGGCAAAUCGGAGCGCAGCAAUAUGCGAUUGGGAAGGAAAAAUCCCCUGAUAGAGGUGCUGUCGAUUGGUUGCAUCCACUGCCAAAACCCAGAGCUGACCUCAAUCCAUGUGUCGGAUGGUUUGAAAGUUAACGCCAGGGUGCGAGAUCUGUUGCGCGGUAUCAAGUAUCUGCUGAACGUCAUCUUCAAUCCGCUCGUUAUUUUCAAGUAAUAUGUAAAAGGUUGUGUGUAGUAGUCUCGCUUUAUAAGCGCCCAACCACCGUACUGAUGGAAACUCAUUUUCAUUUUUUAUGUUUGUUUGCGUUUUUCGAUUCCCAGCCGUUAUUCGCCAGUAUGGUCGCAUUUAAUGAACGGGAAGUAAUCUUAACUGUGUGCUAGACGUAAAUAGCAAGUUAACAAAUAGCAGCGUACAGGUUGAGAUUUUGAUGCUGAUGAUUAUUGUAAUUUAUUAGUGUUUUAUUUUUUGAAAAUG